AGCCCCGUUGUUGUCUAUCCCUAACUCCAUGGGCGACGAGUAGUGGUGUGCAGUGCCAUCUUUCGUGUCUUUCGCGCCAACGAGAGAGGAAAACAACAAGAUCAAGAGAGAAAGAGAGGCGGGGAGAGAGAGGCGAGCGAGGUGCGGCGCAUCUCCGAAGUAGGGCCGUGUGGCAUCGUACAUCGUACGCUUGAUCAGAGAUGAUUCUCGCUGCCUACUUCGUCGGCGCCAAUGCCCUCUCUUUCGCCAUGCUCGCCGAAGACAAGGCCUCGUCCAAGGGCUGGAUACCGUUUCUGGGUCGAAUUCCAGAGGCCCUUUUACAUCAGGUCGAGCUGGUAGGAGGUUCGCCUGGGUCCUUCCUGGGCCAGCGCGUGUUCCGACACAAGAUCUCAAAACUUGCCUACCAGCGCAGUUUCUCCCAGGUGCUCGCCGUACAGAUUGCGGCGAGCAUCGCCUGGGGUUACUUCCACGGCCCGUCGUGGGCCCUGCUCGGCAUGGGGCUCGCGCCGGCGGUUAUGUUUGCCGCCACAGCCAGGCGCAUGAGCACUCUGAAACAUCGGGAUAAUGCCAGGAACAGGUGGAAUCAGCCGUGGCAGCGACCUGUCGACGUGUCCUCCUCGGCGCGUCGACGGCGAAAUACUGAUAUUCCCAAACGGGCAACGCCAUCCAAGUAGACGUGUUGUAUGUGUGUGUGGAUUAUUGCGAAGAUGUAGAUAGCUUGGUAGCAGUAGAGCGUCGAGGGUAGCGCAGCAUAGAGACGUGACGCUUGUAAAUAUUUUGAUCGUAAGCGGUUGUGUUGUGGGCGGAAUUCCGUCAGGGGACGGGAAUGAAAUGACUUCUGAUGAGGGUUGGGAUUUGUUUAAGAAAGUGGCGAUGCCCCGAGGAAAGAGUUCGACAUUCGAUGUGUCUUCCUUUACAAAGUUGGCAUCAACCACGUGAACCUGAAAAAACGUGUGUGUAAUUUCGUGAGUUUCUUUCUCGAGAAGGGUCGCUGCACUAACCGGCUGGCCAAUGGAAAUAACCAGUCUAUACAAGUGGGUGGCGGCUCUCUGUCUUGCCAUUGUCCCGUCGCUCCAAAUGUGUCAACCCUGCGACCUUGUCUCUCUAGCCGCAUAGUGUAGCUUCGACCCGGGAUCACAUAUUGUCCAAGCAUGUGGAUCGUGGUUGAGACGAACUGGCGGGUACAGGAGUUCAAUCGACAGUUCGACGAAGACCUAGUGACACACUUGUUUGCCCAGGUCCCCGGUGGUAGCCGGUGGAAACCGCAUGUUGUUUUGUUUUUGCCAAUCUACGUACUGACUG